AUGUCGGAAAGCUCAGCUGCCGCGGCCACGCUCUCCAGCCAAGCGGGCCAAGCCAGGACCGAUUCACAUCGGCCACUGUUGGCGGAAGGGCCCGCGAACAGAGAAUCGGAGCUGGCGUCUGCAGAAGAGAUGGAACAGGAGACUCAGGAGACCUUCGCACCCACGAGCUGCCGGGCCAGCGACGGAGGCUUGGCAGAGAGGCAGCAGCGACGUCGGCCCAGGCCCACAUCCACAUGUACAGCAUCGACCGAGGAGGAUGAUGCUGAGGUGCACCGAACAGGCGGCAUUGCCUGCUGCAGGAGCUUCCGCAGACUGCUCUGCUACGGCCAAGAGGUGCACAAAGGGACCUUAUGUGAUGGCUGCAACAUGGUGGAUGGACAGAGCGUGCGCCUCCUGGUCGUCUCGAUGACGGUUGAUGAACAGAGGUCGCGGAUCCACAUCUACGUCAAUGUGAAGAUGCCGGAGACCCCUCGUCUCGCGCAAGCUUGCGAAACAGUGGUUGAAUUAUGGCUUUGA